AUGGGGUUAGUAAAAUUACCCGAAAUAAGUUUAUAUUGGUCAAAGGAUCCAGUAUUCGUCCAAAGCGUUCCUAAAUUGGUGAUGUCAAGAAACCGUUUUGAACUUCUAUUACGAAUGCUCCAUUUCGUGAACAACGAAAAUGCAAAUAUUGAAGACCGCUUGUAUAAAAUUAAACCAAUUAUUCAGAAACUGAAAGAAAAUUAUGCGAAAUAUUAUAAUUCGCCAGAAAUGGUAUGUAUUGAUGAGUCAAUAAUACCAUUUCGUGGUCGUGUCGUUUUUAAGCAAUAUAUAAAACAAAAACGGCACAGAUAUGGCGUAAAGGUGUUCAAGCUUUGCUUCAAACCGGGAUAUACCUAUAAUUUUGAAAUUUAUUGCGGUCACCAACAUGGGAAGGAGAAAACUACACCGAAGACAGUUGCUGUGUCACUUUGUGAAAACAUUUUUGAUAAGGGGCAUACCUUAUGUGUUGAUAAUUGGUAUACCAGCAUUGACUUGGCCCAAAAGUUUCUUGCUAGAAAUACCCACGUAAUAGGGACAAUUAGAUCAAAUCGACGUAGAAUAUCCAAAGAAGUGGUUCAAAAGAAAUUGCGACGAGGAGAAAUAUUUGCCAAAGAAAAUAGAGAUGGAAUCACGUUAAUGAAAUGGAAGGACAAACGGGAUGUCUUGAUGUUAUCUACGAAACACUCUAUAGAGACGGUUACUGUUAGGAAAAACGGAUCUGAUAGGGUUAAACCGAAACUCGUAUUUGAUUAUAAUGAUGCUAAGAGUUCCGUCGAUAUUUCGGACCAAAUGACUGCGUACUGUAAUCUAUUACGUAAGACCUUAAAAUGGUAUAAAAAAGUAGCGCUUAAGUUUUUCCUAAACACAUCUGUUGUAAACGCUUGGAUUUUAUAUAAUACUCGGCAUCACGAAUCUGUAUCAAUACUAGAGUUUAGAAAAAAAUUAGUAAAUUAUUUGUGUUAUUGUGAAGAUGAUAACAACAAUUUGACUCCUAAACUUACAACAAG